UCCUGCCUUGAUGCCUGAUGACGCCUGAGAUAGGAACAGCCUCCCCGUUACCCGAGAAGUUCGGAAAAAAGGUAGAAAAUGAAUGAGUGAAUGAACAUUCAACAAGGGUGCCAAUAAUUAUGGACAUGCCUGUGGAUCAACUGUGUCAAACUGGAUCAAACUUGUGUAAGACAACACAUCAAAUGUAAGUCCUUCAUGAGAGUCUGAUGCUGUAGGAGGUGAAAGCAGCUAGCAGUUUAAUCUCUUAAUUAGAGAGAGAGGGAACAAGAGAAAGAGAGAGAAGGAGAGAGGGAGGGAAAGAGAGAGGGGGGAAUGAGAGUGUGUGUGAGAGAGAGAGAGAGAGAGAGAGAGAGAGAGAGAGAGAGAAUGAGUAAAUUACAUUCAGAAAUUAAGUGGCCUCUUGGAGCAGUAGGUCUUUCAGGAAUAGCCAUCACAUAGAGGAGCACUUGGAGUCUGUUGCUGGUGAUUCUCCUGCACUCGUCCACUGCUCUUAACAUCAGCGGAGAGAAGAGAAGGCAGUGAUGAGGAUGACACGCUGCCGUGAUCACAAGUAACCCAACCACCUCACUGCUCCUUCAUUCACAUCCAAACCUGCAGGACUGAGCACUCAGGAUCCACUCUUACACUCAUCCUCCAGCUUUGUCCAAUUUGGUCAGAAUGAUGGAGCGAGCUGUCGUGUUGGUGCUGUGCUGGACGCUGAUGCUCGGACUGUGUACGCCGCUCUACCCUUCACUAAGGUUUGGUCAGAGAGCCACUGCGAUACUGAUGAGCUCCUCAUUGGAGGACCCACUGCAGCCUCCGACAGACUACAGAUCCGCCCGGAGUCAGCACGUCGAGUUCAGGUCUGGGAGACACGCGGACGCCAUCUUUACUAACAGCUACCGCAAGGUUCUUGGUCAAAUAUCUGCUAGAAAAUUCCUCCAGACUGUUACAGGAAAAGGGUCCAGAAGCAGGCCAGAAUCUGAACCCUAUGUAAAACGGCAGGCUGGAAUUUUUGAGGACACGUACAAGCAGGACCUGAUGUCCUUCGAGAGGGAACGCAGCUACAGGAAGCAGCAGAGAGGACGUCGAGGCUUUAGUCUUCAGUGCAGUGGCUGUGAUUGUGGUGUGCUGAUGAACAGGAAAUGUCCAGAGAAUCGACACAGAAAAUAAGAAAAGAAAAUAAUGUCUUGCUUUCUUUUGGUUUGCCAAUAAAAUGGAUUAUGCAAAAAAAAAUAAAAAAUUAAAUCAGAACAGCUGAGACAAACUGUUCUAAUGCUUUAUAUCAUUCUAAUAAAUGCUAACUAAUACAGGAGG